AUGAAAUAUUCAUUUGUUCAAUUUAAUGAUUUGCCUGAUGAAAUUCUCUUGAUUAUUUUCAAAAAAUUGGACAAUGCCGAAUUACUUUACUCUUUAAUAGAUGUCAAUAAACGUUUAAAUAAAAUUCUAUGUGAUUCUAUUUUUACAAGUCGUUUAACAUUAAUGACACAUUUGUUAAAUAAUUCUAUAUCUCCAUUCAGUGAUUCACUACUUGGUCGAUUUUGUUUACAAAUUUUACCUAAAAUUUAUGAUAAAAUCGAAUGGCUCAAUCUUGAAUCAUCGUCUAUGGAACGUAUUCUUCUUUCUACAAAUUAUCCUAAUCUAUAUGGACUUGGUUUAUAUAAUAUGGAAGUAGAAAGAGCUAAAUAUCUUUUUACUGAUGAAACUUCAUUAACUAAUCUAUUCAAAAAUCAGAUAUCAUCACUUAUCAUCGAUAUAAAUGAAUGUGAAAAACAAAUUUCAACACCAAAUGUGAAUACACUGCUAUUUACACAUAUCUUUACUAUGUUCAUCAAUUUACAAUAUUUGAAUUUCAAUCCAUCUUUAUUUUCCUAUCAACAUUUAUCAUUUAAUUUUUCACCUCCAACUGUUUGCUCGUCAAGUCUGUUAGAAUUACAUAUCUGUCUACAAAGUUUCAGCGAUUGUCUUUAUUUAUUGGAUGGAUGUUUCAAUCAACUUCGUACUUUUUAUGUUAAUAUUUGUUACAUUCUCUCUUCGAGUUUAAGAAUCAAUAAUAAGGAAAAACUACCGAAUUUAAGGUGUUUUUCGUUAAGGUGUGAUAAUGUUACAAAUGUUUAUGAUGAAUUAAUUGUACCAUUUCUACAUCGAAUGUUAAAUUUAGAAAAACUUGAUUUGCAUCUUGUGGUAGAUCUCAAUAAAGGAUUUAUUGAUGGCAAUGAGUUAAAGACUAUUAUUAAUCAUAUGCCACAAUUAAAUAAAUUUAUAUUUAAUAUUUGUUCAACCAUUCGUCUUCCUAAUGAAACUGAAUUACGAUCAAAUGAAGAUGUUCAAAAUACAUUCAAAGAUUUUAAAGAUGAUCAAAUUAUUUCUUGUGUUGAUUAUUUUCAAAAAAGCAAAUAUAGUCAAUGUCAUAUUUAUUCUUAUCCAUAUAAAAUAACACAUUACAGAAAUAUUACUAAUAACUUUCCAGGUGGAUUAUUUAAAUGUGUUCGCACAGUUGAAUUAUUUGAUGAACGUCCUUUUGAACACGAAUUUUUUCUUCGAAUUCAAAAAUCAUUUCCAUUUAUGAAAGAAUUAACUAUAAUUAAUCGAAAACCACAAAAGAAUAAACAAUAUACAAAAUUCACAGACGACAAUCGAGAUUUAUCAAUUAUUGAAUAUUCUCAUCUUAUUGAACUUAAUCUUAUUAAGGCUCAUCGUGAUUAUGUCGAACAAUUUCUAGUUGAUACCAAAAUGUGUUUGCCAAAUAAUGUUUCUCUUUAUGUCGACUAUUUCACUUUAAAGAAAGUGACACACAAUUUUAAAAGAGAUGCAACUCGUAUUAAUUGUGCAAAAAUGAAUUAUUUAUGUACGACUAAAGUUUCUCGAUAUUCAAAACACUUGUAUGAUUAUUUUCUUUAUGCAGAGACAGAUGGAUUAUGA